UUCCCUCCAUAAGGUCUCACUUCUGUUGCAAGAUGCUCUGAGUAGUCUCAGAGGUUGACAUUAAAACAAACAUGUAGAAGACGCAAAGCAAGAGAUUAACACUCGAUGAGGAGAGAUAACAUAUCACUCAGAAAACUCGUUGCAGAUGGAUUCUACAAAGAAGCACUUUCCUUCUUCUCCCACCUCCACUCUUCUUCUUCUUCCCCUACCCUUCAUUCCUUCACCUUCCCCACUCUCUUCAAAGCAUGUGCCAAACUUCGUUUACCUUCCCACACCCAAACCCUCCACGCCCAUCUCCACAAAACCGGUUUCCAUGCCGACCCUUAUGCUACCUCCGCCCUGACCGCAGCCUAUUCUGCGACCCCUCGCCAUUUUCCUGACGCACUCAAGGUGUUUGACGAAAUGCCCCAACCAAACGUUGCCUCUCUCAAUGCAGCGCUUUCGGGUUUCUCGCUAAAUGGGCGUAGCGGAGAAGCUAUCCGGGUGUUCCAGCGAAUUGGGUUGGGCCCCUUGAGGCCCAACUCGGUCACCAUUGCGUGCAUGCUAGGUGUUCCUCAUGUAGGUGUCGACCAUGUUGCACUGGUGCAUUGCUGCGCGUUGAAGUUAGGAGUUGAAUUUGAUGUCUAUGUUGCCACCUCGCUUGUCACUGCGUAUUCCAAGUGUGAAGAGUUAGUUUCUGCGACUAAGGUAUUAGAGGAGUUGCCUGUGAAGAGUGUAGUGAGUUACAAUGCUUUUAUUACUGGUUUGUUGCGGAAUGGAGUUCUUCAUUUGGUGUUGGAUGUGUUUAGGGAAAUGAUGAGAGAGGUGCGUUUGGACUGCAAACUCAAUUCAGUGACGUUGGUGUCUGUUCUUUCUGCAUGUGGUAGUCUACAAAGUGUUCGCUUAGGGAUGCAGGUUCAUGGGCUUAUAGUGAAACUUGAAGUGGAUGAUGGGGUUAUGGUGGUGACUGCACUUGUCGAUAUGUAUUCAAAGUGUGGUUUUUGGCAUUCUGCUUAUGACGUUUUCACGGGGGCGGAAGGGGACAGUAGGAACUUGAUCACAUGGAACUCCAUGGUUGCUGGAAUGAUGUUAAAUAAAGAGAGUGAGAGAGCUGUUGAUAUGUUUAGACGGCUGGAAUCUGAAGAGUUGAAGCCUGAUUCAGCUACUUGGAAUUCCAUGAUUAACGGGUUUGCACAACAAGGGGUGUGUGGGGAAGCUUUUAAGUACUUUAGGGAAAUGCAGUCUGUUGGUGUGGCUCCGUGUUUGAAAAUUGUUACUACCAUUUUGUCAACGUGUGCAGAUUCAUCUAUGUUACGACAUGGAAAAGAAAUACAUGGGUUUGCUUUAAGAACUGAUAUCAAUAGGGAUGAUUUUUUGGCAACUGCUCUGGUUGACAUGUAUAUGAAAUGUGGGCAUGCAUCUUGGGCACGAGAAGUUUUUAAUCAGUUUGAUACAAAACCAGAUGAUCCUGCAUUUUGGAAUGCAAUGAUAGGGGGGUAUGGGAGAAAUGGAGACCAUGAAUCUGCCUUUGAAAUCUUUAAUAAAAUGCUGGAAGAAAGCGUUCGACCAAACAGUGCUACAUUUGUUUGUGUUUUAUCUGCUUGCAGCCACACAGGUCAAGUUGAUAGAGGGUUGACAGUUUUUAGAAUGAUGAUAAAAGACUAUGGCUUGCAGCCAAAGCCUGAGCAUUUUGGUUGCAUUGUUGAUCUUUUAGGUCGGUUUGGUAAGUUGGGUGAAGCUCGAGGUCUGGUGCAGGAAUUAGCAGAGCCUCCUGCAUCUGUUUUAGCUUCUUUGCUCGGUGCUUGUAGGUGUUACCUAGAUUCAAGUCUUGGGGAAGAAAUGGCCAUGAGGCUUCUAGAUAUAGAACCAGAAAAUCCAACUCCUCUGGUGAUCUUGUCUAAUAUAUAUGCCGGGCUAGGAAGAUGGAAGGAAGUAGAAAGGGUAAGAGGGAUGAUCACGGAUAAGGGAUCGGACAAACUCUCUGGCCUUAGCAUGACAGAAGUUGCAUCGAAAUAACACUUACAUAGAAAAAAUUUAAAUAAAAUGUUCUUUCUGAUAAUAUAAGAGUUUGUAACAUUUAGAGUAUCUCCACCGUAUUUUAACUUCCACAAAAAUCACUGAAUAAAAAUUUCCUUCACUGCAAAUCCAUAGUAAUCAUCAAAAUGGUAAGGAGGUUCGGUUACAAAACAAGAGAUAACAUCUCUCAGUGUAAUGACUCCAACUAAUUCAUCCUGUCCAUCUACCACAUGAAUCCUGUGAAUAGACUGAGAAGCAAGAGUAUGGAUCACACUAUGCAGUGUCGAGUCAGGCUUGCAUGUUAUAGGCUGGUGGCUAGCGUUCCCAGUUUGCAGGGACGAAGAGACAAUUCUUUUCAGGAAAUCCAUCACAGUCAGUUGCCUAGAAUUCAAAACAGAGUAACAGCGAGUAGAACAUUUCAGACUUAGCAGCAAGUAUCUGAUGUCUCGUAUGCUCACGUUUCCAACAACUUUCUUCCUUGGCCCCUCUACUACAGGAAGACCACCGAUUUUAUUAUCCCUCAUUUGCUUGAAAGCUUCAAGAAUCAACUCAUUGCUCUGAAUGCUAAUAACCUGGACAGGAAGAAAAAUUAUGUUUUUAAACCUUACAGCCUAGGGAAACUGAAAAUAUAAGACACCAAUCCUUGCCUCAGCUGUAGACAUAAAUGGAAGUCCAAGAUCAGAUAUACACUUUUCUGCAAUGCAGUCAAACCAAUCUCUGCCUUUGCAUCUCUCAAGACCUUGGAUAACUGCAGACUGAGUAAUGAAGUUCACCAUGUCAGGUUUAUCUGGUUCUAUGACAGGUACAUUCCUCAGCCUAUACUUUGAGAGAAGCAACAAGACAGUCAACAUAGCGCUAUCUCUUGCAACUGGAACAAAAGGUGCCCAUCGAUAUGAUUUAAGUAUUGAUUUCACCUGAAACCAUAAAUCAACUCACAAAUGUUUGUUUUUUCUUUUCAAUAUGGAGAUAAGAGAAGAAUUUACUGACCUGUAUUUGGCUUAGGUUAUGAAAAAAAAAUCCCAAAUGAGUUAUGUAGGGACAUAGCCAUCUUAUUUUCUAUGAUUGGUUACAGCCUACAAAUACAAUAGAAUCUAAUUGUAUAAAUGACUAGCUAACCAGCCUAGCUCUGCUCUGCAUUGGCCUUUUCUAUUAAUGAGAUAACCUUAAAAAGAUUCAUUCUCAAUGAAGGAAAAGAGGUGCUCAUACCAAGACAGAGCUAACAUCAACAUAAAAGUCAUGAACCCAUAGUUAACUCCAGAACCUCUGGCAUUCUCAUGCUUACCGUUGUUGACUUGAAGGGUUCUUCUUCCAGUAAAACUUUGUAAAAAUCUUCUCCCAGGUUAUCAGCAGCUUGAGGUGCACCUUUAGUCAUCAUAUUUUCUGCAGCAAUGCCACUUGCCAGUGCAGCACCAGCUGCAGCAGCAGUUAUUCCCGCCAUUGCAGCAGGACUUGUCAUUCCCAAUGCUAUUGCUCCCAAAGCACCCACGGUUCCUGCACCAACUCCAGCAGCUGUUGCUGAACCUGCUGAUAUAGCUGCUGCUGCAAGUUCUGCGCUCUCCAGCACCCAGAGAAUGAUGGCUGAAUAAUCAAUGAUGCCAAGGUACUUGACACUCCAAUCUGAACUAUCAGCUGCGUCUGGGUCUUUUACUGGUGCUGCUAAAAUGUUUCUUUCAGAUAGAAUCUUAACUGCUUCUCCUACGGGCGUGUCUGCUAGAAUUUCAAUCACUACCAAGGCAUUUCAUAUGUUAGUGCUUUUUUCCCAUGCAGAUCUUUAACUCAUUAAAUGCAUAAGGUAUCCCUUACCUUUUCCGCUAGGAACUUCUGGAAAAGAAGAGACCGGAAUCUUUGCAAAUGCAUCUGUCAAGGUUUCCUGCAAUGACAGCGGUAGCUUCUUUCUAGAUUGUAUGAUUUCGAAAUAGGUCUCACAUUUUGAAAGUGAGUCGCUUGUUCUGAACUCCUGUUCUUGCGCCAUAUUUGGAACUAAAGGCAUGAAUUAAGAGAUGCUUCAAUAAUUUUCAUAAAAUUACAGAAUUGUAGUCGUACAGAUAUGUAGACCCCGUCUACUUAAUUUACAUUGAAAAUAAAGCUAUCCCUACCUGUUGUCAAAAAGUUAGCAAGAUCAAUGGGAUUUUCAUA